CCCGAAUCUGUCGACGUCAAAGGUGCACUUUCUACCAUAUCUGCUUUGUCGCGGGUCCACUGUAGCAGGAGUUCCUUCCAUGGCGAAAGUAGCAGAAGUAGUAAUGAUGCCUGAAGGGUCACGAUACCAGCUUCUCCUCUCAUGUCCUUCUGGCCUCUCUCUGUCUCAGUUGUCGGUGGAUUUCUCGAAAUCUCAUGAUCGGAUUCAACAUCCCGACCACGAUCUUGAAGAUUCUAUUGCGCAGGCUUGGGAGCAGAGAACACAGGGCAAUUCAUCAUUGUUCAAUGGCCAAAAGUUCAGAUUUGGAUCAUUAUGUUUAGAUGGUGAUGGUGGUACCAACGAAGUGCCACACGUCUGCCUUCGCCUUGGCCUGACAGAUUACAGGACUUUUGUAGGAACCAAUUUGAGCUCUCAGUGGGACAAGUUCCUUGUUACAUCACAAGAUGACUGUGUAAGAUGUCGACAUACCUCAAGUCCAUUGGGUAAUGCUGCUGUUGUCGAGACUUCUGACCACAAGAUUAUUGUGUUACGCCGGAGCGAUAAUGUCGGUGAAUUUCCAGGUCACUAUGUAUUUCCCGGUGGCCAUCCAGAGCCGAUGUCAGUAGGAAUUGAUUCUCACCAGCUUGAAAAUGAUGGAGAGGUUUUAAACAAGAAGGUUAGUCAAGAAAUGUUUGACAGCAUUACUCGUGAAGUUGUGGAAGAAACUGGGAUACCAGCAUCAUCUCUUAGCACUCCUCUCUUUAUCGGAAUAUCUAGGAGGGAAUUGAAUGUGAGGCCAGCUAUGUUUUUCUUCAUCAAGUGUAGUCACCAUUCGGAUGACAUUCCGAGACUGUAUUCUAGUGCUGAAGAUGGGUUUGAGUCAACACAGCUCCACACUGUCUCUUUGGAGGAGCUGAAGACAAUGGCAUCAAGAAUGCCAGGUUGCCACCAUGGUGGCUUUGCGCUCUACCAACUGAUGCUUCAACGUCUCGAGAGCACUAAUGAAACGCCUUGAACUUAUUGUUUUCGUAUGCCCCUCCAUGAUGAUGAGUGAACUUUUAUAUAUAUAAAUCUGAGCAUGAUAAUAAUUGUAUCAAGGGCAAGAGGGUCGUCUGUUGACAUAACUAAACAUACGAAAUUUUUGUUUUGUUUUUAAAAAAAUGAUUAAACACAUUGACCA